CAGCAUGGAUUCAUGAAAGACAGAAGUUGGCAAACAAAUCUGAUUUCUUUUUAUGAGGAGGUGAGCAAAACCUUGGACAGAGGGAUGGCAGUGGAUGUGGUAUACUUGGAAAGAGGGGGUGGCGGUGGACGCGGUAUACUUGGACAGAGGGGUGGCGGUGGACGUGGUAUACUUGGACGGAGGUGUAGCGGUGGAGGUGGUAUACUUGAACAGAGGGGUGGCUGUGGACGUGGUAUACUUGGACAGAGGGGUGGCGGUGGACGUGGUAUACUUGGACACAGGGGUGGCGGUGGACGUGGUAUACUUGGACAGAGGGGUGGCGGUGGACGUGGUAUACUUGGACAGAGGGGUGGCGGUGGACAUGGUAUACUUGGACAGAGGGGUGGC